AAUCAUUACAUAUGUACAUAUGUAUGUACAUUGUAUGUACAUAUUCGAUACAAAAUUUGCAAUAAGGAUUUCAAAAAUAACAUAAAUGGCAGUGUUAUCCGAGAUACUGCACUUUAUCAUCGAACUUGAUGUCCGAAUGACUAACUCAUUUGUUUCCCUAUUGAUGCAAUGGGCAUCCUUUCAAUCAUUAAGAAUACACUGUAAAUUUCUUGAAGUCUCCUGUGAUGGAAUAGCAUGGUUAUCUAGUUGGAUUGCGUUUAUAUGGCUUUUUAAUUCUGAACCACUUUUUGAAAUGCAACUAAAUAUGUUAGUUGGAUUGCUACUAGAUAUUGUAGUUAUUGCUCUCCUCAAAGCUCUUGUUCGCAGAAGACGACCAGUUUCCGAUAGAGAUGUGCUAACAAUUGGUCCUGAUAAAUACAGUUUUCCAUCGGGUCAUGCAUCUAGGUCGUUCUUUGUGCUUUUAUUCUUUAGUAAAUUGUAUGCGCUUCCUCUUAUGGUGAGGGUACCUAUGACUGCGUGGGCUGUAACCAUUGCCAUUUCACGUCUAAUAUUACGACGUCAUUACAUACUUGAUGUAUGGGUUGGAGCAGUUCUUGGAAUUUGUGAAGCAUAUUUUAUUAAAUUGGUUUGGAUCCGUCAAGAAACUGCCGCUAAUGUAAUAAAAUAUAUAUCAGAAGAUAAUGUGCCCGGAGGUGUCGAAUAGCAACUGAAGUCGACUUGAUUUGAUUCUUUACCUACAUAUGUACAUAAAAAUAAAACAAUUGAAAUAAAAAAAUAACAGU